AUGAGUGCUUAUAGCUCUAAUUCUGUUGCAUGACUUAAAAUUUAUAUACAAAACUGGUUUGGCCAAAAAUGGAUAAUCGCUGUUCGGGCUAUCAGACUAGAUCCACCUAGCAUAAGAAUUAAUUCCAUAGUUAGAGAUACCUCUUUACCUUUUGCUGAUACCAAUAGACAAAAAAAAACUUGUCUAGCCCAUCUUGAAGAGGAAACUUAG